AGAAAAAUCUUCAGCCUCACUUAAACGUAAAACUUGUCUCUCGAAGAAACUGACACCGAAAACAAGACCAUGAGCAAGCCACGAACGCCCGUCCGUCGGGUGCCGGACACCCCGGACGAGGACCAUGACUCGCUUCCGCACGACUUGCCGUCUUCCCGCCUGCGGUUGAUGUACCAAAACUUGCCGGAUUUGAUCAACACGGUCGAAGAACUGCAGCGCGAGAACAUGCGCAUCCGCUUCAAAGCCGUCGGUCAGCUGGACAACCUGUGCAAGUCCUGGUUUAUCUCCGCCGACAACCACACCCUGAAAACCGUGUUCGAGGGGUGGAAGGACAUGUGGCACAAGCGGCUGGAGUUGAAAGCGGUCGAGGAGGCCAUCACGCACACGGAGCGCAUGGCCGUGGAGAAGGAGAACGCGAGCCUGGAGGACCAGCAGACCUACCACGACCGGAUUCUGGAGGAGUACAUGAACUCCCACAAGGCGGAAAUCGCCGCCAUGAUGGACGCGCACAAGAACGACAAGGAGGGCUUUGCCGCCGAACUGGAGGAGAAGCUGAGGAAGGAGCACAAGGAAUUUAUGCAAUACAAAGUUUCCGUACACCGCACAAAAUGCAUCACAAGUUUUGCCAACUGAGAGCACUAUGCCACUUGUCAUGCGGAGUAGGCUUGUAGAAUUGGUCUGUCAUGCUCAUGGAGAAACUGCAUUGGAUGUGCUGUGCGUCGUGUACGGGAAGUUUCCUUUUGAUAGAACUGUUGAAGAUGCACUUUGACAGCCACGUGGAGACGCUCGCGUUCGAGAAGCGACAGCACGAGCAGGAACUCGCGCAGGCCAAGCGAAUGCACGACUCGGGCGAGGAUGAGAUGAUCGCCCGGCACAAGCAGAAGGAGAAAAUCCUGACGAACCUGAAGAACGAAGUCAACAUGGUGAACAAGAAGCUCGGACGGGUGAUGGGCAAAGUCGAGUCGAUGGAAGCCAGUUUGGCCAGUGUGCAGCAGGCGGUCCACGGCUUCGACCACGACGUGCCGGCCGGCGGAAAGUCCGUGGCGGCCCAGCUCGGCGUGGAGGACUUGCUGCCGCCUGGUGCUGGGAUGGGCGGUGAGGGCGAUGACGAGAAGGAGUACAUCACGGAGGCACUGCACGAGAUUUUGGGGCAAGUGGAUCCCAAAUACAUGAGCCGAUCGAAAAUCGCGGGAACGAAGUAAGGAAGCCAGGUUGAGACGACUAAAUCGGAGGUGGUACCGACGUACUGGAACUUUUUUUUUUCUAGUAUCCAAGUAGUAGUUUCUUGUUCACAUUUGAUUACACACAGAUUAUACACACCAAAUGGCUCUCAUGAUUUCUUUUCCCGCUGGGAGCUCUCUGAAUUUUGUUUUUUAGGUUUGAUCAUACGCAUACGCAGGUAGGAUUUUUCAGUACCUACUUCCCAUUUUUUUACAUUACAUUCGUUGGCAUUCACAAUCUCUGUUUUUCAGUUUACAUGACAAGGUUACACAGUCCUUUGAAAAUUAGCGCAUUAUUCCUGCAGUCCCCCAUUUAUUGUCUGUCGAAGCUGCGAGCACGCACUCUGCCUUUUGUAAACACACAAGUGGUGGUUUUUGUUUCAGCUCAGACGUAGUCGGAAGUUGAUGUUUCUGGGCAGAGCCGAGCCGUCGCCGUGUCGAAUCAAAGGCGAAUGAAGGACAUUUUUUUACUGCUUCGCACUUUAAGUAAGUACUCAGCUCUACUCGUCCCAAACGAGUGGCGUUUUUUCCCCCUUUUUCGCAAUUUUGAAAGAUAAAAAAGAUUUAGAUUCAACGGAAGCAGCCAGCAGCAGAUUUUACGAGACGACAGCUUAAGAUUCACUUGCCCUGUGGUUUUUGCAUGAAUCUAAAGGCUGAAGAGAAAAUGAAAUGCGACGACUGCUUUCAUCGCACGGAAAUUAUGCCAUUUCUCGUCGCAUGGCAUGACUAGUCAAAUUCUGGCCUAAGUAAAUUCUAAAUUCUUUUGCGAUCUCGACCCCUG